UCUUCAUUCAGGUGGAGCGACAUCGGCAGCGCCGGUUGCUUCGGCGACACUUGUCGUUAUCUCAGACUAACCGUUAACGUUAGCUCGGCUCGAGCCCGUUUUGGUGGGUUGGGUUAGGUUUACCAUUCUUCCGUGCUUGUACAGUAAAUAUUAUGGCGGCCGCAGAUCCCCGGUCCUCGAGUGACGGCGGGCCGGCCAGCAGAGGAGGGUUCCCGGCCGGGGAGAGCAGCAACGACCGCGACGGCCAGGGCGGCAGCAGCAGCAGCGGCGGCGGCGGCAGCGGAGAGGGCGAACGGGAGCGGGACCGGGCCACCUUCGAGUGCAACAUUUGUUUGGACACUGCCAGGGACGCUGUCAUCAGUAUGUGCGGCCACUUGUUCUGCUGGCCCUGUCUUCAUCAAUGGUUGGAGACUCGGCCCAGUAGGCAACAGUGUCCCGUGUGUAAAGCAGGCAUCAGCAGAGAGAAAGUCAUCCCACUGUACGGCAGAGGGAGCUCCAGCCAGGAGGACCCCAGGUACUUAAAAACUACUUAACUCCAAGUGGGUGAGCAUGUACAGAAAAGAUCUAGAUACCAAAAUAUUCCCAAAGGAGAGUUAACAUCGAAUUUUCACGUUGUGUCAUCCUUCUUCUCUACCAUAGAUCAAUAUGCAGGUGAUCACCAUGGCAACGGUAACCUCAACAACGGCAAUAACAACUGGCAAGAUUCCCUCUUCCUGUUUGUGGCCAUUUUCUUCUUCUUCUGGCUGCUGAGUGUGUGAUGGAGACUGGAUGGGGUGAAUGGAUGAAUGGAUGGAUGGAUGGAUAGAUAGACGGAUGAGCGCAUCGCCGGGAGGGAGGAGCGCAAAAAAAUAAUAAUACAAAAACAAAAAAACAAACAAAAAAAACCCUCACACAGCUCAAGCCACAGACACACACUCAUGUUGCAUUUCCUAGCAGGUACUAAGCUUGGGAGAGAGAGGAGCAUUGUGUUUGAUCCCAAAACAGGAAAUACAGGAAUUUGGUUUUCUCCUCCUCUUGGAAAAGGCAGAUUCACUUGAGGAUACUGAGCCCCACCCACCUGCUUCUUUUAUUGUUUAUGCAAGAAACACACUCUGAGAAGUAUUGAUGCUUGAAUCCCCAAAUAAGUCAUGUUAGCCCUCCCUCUCUUCACACACCUGUAGAUAUACUCUCACAGAAAAAUAAAGGCGGACACUAAAAUUUAAGGGGUUCAGAGACAGUAUUACGUGACCAGAGUGAGCUACGGAUAAUUUUUUUUUGAUUUGUUUUGUGUUUUGUUUUUUGUGCGUGGAUCGAGCGCUGCAGAAGGGCGGUGGGUGGAGGAUAAUUCCGGGCAGUGACUAAUUCUGCUUCGGGUUUGCAUCCUUCUUUAGAGAGUCAGUAGUUCAUUCCUAAAACAGAGAGAGGCCCGUCGUGGAAAGCUGAAGUUAAAACAGGGACAGGAGGGAGUGGUAUGAGAUAAAACAGUAGUUGCUGUAGCAGCUAUCACUUACUCUAAAAGGCCAAAGAGUAGCGGAUCAGUCACAUACGACGUCAGGGGUGAAAAACGUCAUUGAAUUGUUCCUGUUUACAGUUUCCUCAUUAAAUGAACAAGUACUCUUAGAAUUUACGACCUGCUCUUAAAAACAGACUGACAGAAAAAAAUAGCACAGAUGGAUGCAUUUUUAUAUAAAUUUGUCUUAAAAACUGCCAUUGCACUGUGAAGUCAUUUGUAUAUAGAGUUGUCCUACAGGUUGGAGUGUGUGCUGGUGUUGAACCACUUGUUGCUCCUUUUCGCACAAAACUGUACAAACAUGGAUAGGCGUACGAUCAAGGGCCAGUUUGGGAGAUUUAACUUCAGAGAGUAAAAAGCAAUCAAACUGACGCACAGUUAGGUGAUGACGCCAAAUUGCCGAGAGAGAGAAAAGCUCUGGCUAGUAAAGCAGUUCGACGAGAUGUUACGCAAUUCAGUAUGUCAUGACAGCAAGAAGAGUAAAUGCUGCGUAACCAGUGGGAAGAAUCCAUUCAAUUAGUCAUGGAGGGGAAAAGGUCAGCAAACAGCUGCCGCAGUGUGAUUAUAAAGUUUAAAACACACGUCUCUCUGUCACAGUUGAUUUGUUUAGUUUUUCCCAACUGUAUGUCUCUGUGUGUCUGAGUAAGUAUGUAUACGUUAUAUAUUUGUAUAUAUGAAUAUUGUAAAUGCUGUUUUUACGUGUUUCUGACUGGAUGACCAGCCAUAGAGAGCGAGAGAGGACGCGAUGCGCGAGUAGGCCUCAAGAUGCUUUUUGUUAAGUAAGAAACCACCUGGUUCCUGGUUUUCAUAACGCCCGUGUUCUAUUUUCAAAAAAACCUUGCAGCCCAAGUGAAUAACUGCUCUCUCAUAAAGUUGAAUAAAUGUCACGAGCAAAAAAAUGUUUGUCCUUCCCUGUCAAUGUGAUUUGAUGUGAGGAUAUGUAUGAAUCAGCUCAUCUGUUCUCUUGUAACUGGCACAGGGCACAUCAAAAAGCAGUUGAGUCAUUUAAAACUAAAGUAACAUACAUUCAUCUUAGUAUGUGACAACUGUGAAGCAAAAAGACCAAAAAAAAAAAAAAAAAGUUCAGAUUCAGCUUUUUCUUGGGAAAUUAUCAAUGGGGAAAUUACAUCACUUGAGGCAGUUUAUCAGAUUUUACACAGAAACGGUGGAGUUCUCCUUUAACCUUUGUAAAACUGGAUGUAAUGAAUCGGGUCUUUGGCACUUCCACAUUCACACCAGGUUGAGAGAUGAAACUCAAGGUCCUCUGUGGGAUGGACAGGAUGGCUGCAGGGGGCUCAUCAUUUCUUGCAUACCUGUCUGCUCAAGCUACACUUUGUAUUAUGAGGCUUAUGUGACACUAAAACAAAGUGAUGGAAGACAUGAUUUGGGAGUCUUGACAGACUAAACCUGGAGACGUAAAAAAACAAAAAAACAAAAAAAACAAACAAAUGGUCUAAGAGAUUAAAACUUGAUUAAAACUUUGA